UCAUGCGCUGGCAAAAUGACCGUACUUUCGAUGGUUCCGAAUGAUACGCCACUCCUGCCCGCGAAAGUCAUCGAUGUACCAAAAGAUGUACUGCGCAACUUCCCGCACUCGAAGAAGGUCGGGAACUACCUUCUUGGCAAUACGCUCGGCGAGGGAUCAUUCGCAAAGGUUAAGGAAGCCCUCCAUAUCCCUACUGGGGAAAGAGUGGCCGUGAAAAUAAUCGACAAGAAGAAAAGUCGCGAGGACUCCUAUGUUCGGAAAAACUUACGGAGGGAGGGGAAAAUCCUGCAGAUGGUUCGCCACUCGAACAUUGUACAAUUACUCGAAAUUAUGGAGACGCAGAACAGCUACUAUCUCGUAACCGAGCUGUGCAGAGGCGGGGACUUGAUGGACUAUAUUUCGCAACGACGAAAAUUGCCGGAACCGGAAGUUAAGAAAUACAUUCGCCAAAUUGUGUCUGCUGUGGACUACUUACAUCGGCUGGGAAUUUUGCACAGGGAUCUUAAAAUAGAAAAUCUUCUAAUGAACGAGUUCAAGGACAUGAAAAUAAUCGAUUUCGGCCUGAGUAACUGUGUGAAGCUCGUACCCACGAAAGACGGACCGAGAAUUCAGGAUUACUGUGUCACCCAAUGCGGCAGUCCAGCAUACGCAGCGCCGGAACUGCUCGGCCGCCGGAAGUACGGACCGCAGGUGGACAUCUGGAGCAUUGGCGUGAACAUGUACGCCAUGUUGACUGGGAACCUUCCUUUCACCGUGGAGCCAUUCAACAUCAAAAUUCUCCACCAGAAAAUGAUAACUGGACAGAUGAACCCACUUCCUGAUGGGACAACUAGAGACUGCCGUGACCUCAUUAAGAAAUUACUAAACCCCGACCCCGACAGGCGAAUCACGAUGGAAGAAGUUUUGCGACAUGCGUGGAUCGCAGAAGGAUCCGGAUGUCCGCUACCAAGAGCUCAUUGCCCCAACAAGAUGAAAACAGAUGACAUCGAUAACAGUAUAAUACGUCAUAUGAGUGAAAAUCAGGGAUUUAGAAUAGGGGAGGUAAUCCGUUAUGUUACCGGAAAUGUGCCGAGCAGUGCAACCGCAAUGUAUUACCUUAUAAACCGGAAGUUGCAGAAACAUUAUGGGCAUCUGCGCGCGAGCGGGAAAAUUGCAGCCGACAAUCGACUUGCAGCUGGAAAUAGGAAUUCAACCAGGAAUUACCAUCUGCUAGAAUCGAGACCUGGUACCAGUCUUCAACGGAAAACGCCCGUUCCCGCUGCUUCGAAUGUCGUGACGUCACCAUCUGGCAGCCCCAUCCGGACCCCUGUGACGUCAGCAGUCAAGGUCAGGGACACGGUCGGGAGUCAAAUCGAAGCCGAAAGCACCGGCGGGAGCAGUAAAGACACCGAAUGUGAGAAAUCAGGAUAUCUACGCAACUACCACCGGCGAAGAAUCCUUGUCCGGAAAAAUGCAGCUGAUGACGCUUUCUCAGAUAUUAUGCAGACAAAGGAAACCAACGACAUAUUCAAGAUUCCCAGAGUUCAAUCGCCCAUCAAGAAGCCCAAAAAUGACGAGGUUGUUGAUAAUCAGCAUGUCGAUGCGGAACUGAAUCAAACCGUGUUGCCAAAGGUUGCAAACAAGUAUAUGACGAAUGGUCUAUAUUCCGCGACUUCAAGUUCCCUCAAGCCUGCUCUUGCAGCCAGUGAGACUGUUGAAAUUAACGAGACCGAUGUUCACCUAGGUUCUAGUCUUCAGCAUAAACCUGGGAAGAGCUCGGCAACGAACGCUGUCAAUGAAAGCGAUGAACCAUUUCGACCACGAGCGUCAACCUUUCCAGGAAAAGUCCAGCGCCCAAAUGUUAAAGUAGAAAAAACAUUACCACACACAAUCACCAUUGAUAGCGGUGAAAAUAAUACAGUGACCUCACCUCGAAGUAGAUUAUACAGGCCCCAUAGAGAAAAUAUCGGCUCUUCUCCUAUUCCUGUAAGUAUGAGGGGGAGCGUACCAAACAGGGACCAUUUAAAGUCUCCGACGCAUAUGAUAACAGGGACUAGCUCCAAUAAAGUUCAAUUCAGAAAACAAUCCGGCAUUCAACGAAGGAUCGCCCAUGUACAGAAAAGCAAGGAAUUACAGGAUGAAGCGCAUGAUUCAAUUCAAGACGAGCUCGCAGGAGGCAUAGGAAAACAUUUAUUAUCGCGGAAAACUAUGACAAAUCGUUUUGUAAGGUUGUCAAGAAACGGUCCUAAUUUUAACCGUAGAGACAAUUCAUCGGUUGUUGAGCAUUUGACUGAUCUAAACCACGCCCACACAUAUCGCCCAAAUACCUCACUGAAUGUAACUGUCAAUAACAACUUUCGUUCUGCUACGCCGAUGUUGCCAUCUUUGACGCCUUCCAUUGAAACAAUCAAACGAUAGCCAGAUACUGGUACUGUGAAUGUUUUGAGUGGAUUAUAAAUUCUACUUUAUUACAAUUCUUGAUGUUCUUUAAUCUUUCGAAUUUGAAAUAAUUUAAUUCAUAAUCGUGAACAACGUGUUUUCACUAGCAUGUAACGGUUCUUACGAAGCCUAAUGUGUAACUUGACGACUUAUUUUUAAGUCAUUUUAAGUCGCCAUCCAGGUGUGUGUAUUAAGCCGCGAGUCUUUUAAUUGCAUCUUAUUCUGGUAUUCUAUGAUUAGGCUCGGAUUUCAUCCCUGACGCACAUUUCUUGCUAACACAUGGACAAAAUGGAUUACAUUGUGACGGUUCGUUAACCUUUCGAAUUAAAACCGAAGCUGUUAUAUGCACGGUACAUGUAUAUGCGUUAACGUAACGUAUAACGGUUUUACUAACGUUCUAUUAUAUACUUUUGUAGACCUUAUCCAAGGGACUUGUUUAAUUGUAAAGCUAUGAAUUCUUUAUAUUUACGAAACAUUUCAUAUUCCAACCUUAAAGUGUUUUCCAAAUUUAUGAACUCAUAACUAGGCAUCGUAACGUGUUAAGAAACUCGAGGUUGCUAAACGAUAUUAACAUCAUUUUCGUUGAAGCGUCUGUAAUCAUCAUUUUAUAUAAACUGGCAAGCUCGAACACAACUUUAAAGUAUGCAGUUUUAUAGACGUAUCCGGGAUGGGCCACGACGAUUUUAAACUCUUCCCCAGCUGUUGUUUACGCAUUACUUGCAAUGAAACAAACAACACAAACACAACCACGUGCUCUUUUUUGAAAGCAAAGUACCAAAAGCUUGCGCCCGUUUUAAUAUAACAAUAGAUUGACAUGUGUUGAGGUGUCAAUGCAGGCAAGUGCUUUCUGAGAUUAAACUUUCUGUGGAAUGUUUUGCUAUUUUAUAGUUGGAUUUAGACCGAUGACAUUGACACGUACAUUUGUACAAACGAAGUGCAGUUAUAGUUGUGACAAAGCAUAACAUACAUCUCACUUCCUACACAAAUUACCUAAUCCGAUUGGCUUAGAGCGGUCACGCGCCCAUGGUGUAUUUUCCAUAUAUCCCGAGUAAUUUCCAUACACCCCGAGUAAUCGAGUAGUCGGUUGCGAUAUAAUCGUUACUCAGUUAGUAACUGAUGGUGUAUGGGAUAUACAACCUCAGUACUUUCAUACCAAACGAGACCAUCAGUUACUAACAGUGUAACUAAAAAUACACCUAGAGUUAUAUCUAUUACAUUUAUACGUAUGUAUAGUGCAUUAUGUAAAUUCUUACACACAAAUAAAAACCGUCAGUCUUUUUUUUAAUUGUCAACGUUGAAACAUUUACUAAAAGCAACUAUCGUUUGGAGGCGUGUGGUCUGUUCAACGGAGUCCUAUAUAUUCUGAUCUGAAAUUAAACGUCAUUUUCACUGUCGUAAUAUGUUACCAGAUUGUUAAAAAAGACCAGUUGACACCUGUCAAUCAAAAACUAAGUUGACAAAUCAUGCUUUUGUAUAUGUAGUAGUAGAACAAAGGUGAGAUGGCUUUCUGACGUCUGCUUUUUUUAGUCAUACUUUUGCUAAAUAUUUUAUUUUCUUACACAUCAAAUAUGCUGAUCGAAUUUCACGUUUGUUUCAAAUAAAUUUAUUACUGUACAUAUAAUGAUCAAUUUGGGGAUGUAUAGUAUUCAAGCGCGUGCAUUAACUGUGAUUGACAUUAUAAUUUAUACGUAAUUAUAUGUUAUUAUGAUUAUUAUAUUAUGUACUUAAUAUUGUUAAACUAUUGUUUUAUCAUUUCACGUGUUAAGGUUUUU